AAGGAAGUUUGAAUGUAACGUUGAACGAUUAGACCAAAGUGUAGCUCCUCUCCCCUGCUGAUUCUGUUGUUUUAAACCAUAUUUUAACAUUUUACUCUGUUUGACAGUCUGCUGAGAAACAUUCCUGCGUGUUUCCGAGUGUGUGACGGAAUAAAAAUGUGUAAGGAGUGACGGCAGGAGUCAAAUAAGUCAAAUAUGUGCUGUAAUGCCCAUGCACCGAUUUACCAGAGCAAGAUGUUUCUAUCGCUCCUGAUUUCUACAAUAACACUGUUUCCACUCGGACAUGCUUCUUUACCUCUGGUUAUAAAUACAUGGCCAUUCAAGAAUGCAACAGCUGCAGCAUGGAGUACCUUGCAGUCUGGAGGCUCUGCGCUGGACGCAGUAGAGAAGGGCUGCGCUCGCUGUGAGAGCGAGCAGUGUGAUGGCAGCGUGGGCUACGGUGGGAGCCCUGAUGAGACUGGAGAGACCACACUGGAUGCAAUGAUCAUGAAUGGGGACACAAUGGAGGUUGGUUCAGUCGCAGACCUGAGAAGAAUCAAAAAUGCCAUUGGAGUAGCGAGAGCUGUGAUGGAGCACACUGAACACACACUGCUGGUAGGAGAGUCAGCGACUGUGUUUGCUGAAAACAUGGGCUUCAUCGCAGAAGACCUGACUACCAACAAAUCUAUGAAUAUUUUCUCACAGUGGCUGAAGGGCAACUGCCAACCUAAUUAUCGAAAGAAUAUGAUUCCAGAUCCUUCCACGUCCUGUGGACCCUACAAGCCCACAGUGAUACUAAGCCAGAACAAGAGGGCACAGCAUGCCAACGCACGCUCCCAUGACACCAUCGGGAUGAUUGCUCUUGAUCAGAAUGGUCACGUGGCUGUUGGUACAUCAACCAACGGACUGACACAUAAAGUUCCAGGCCGUGUUGGGGACUCCCCGAUCGUCGGAGCAGGAGCCUAUGCUGACAGCUUAGUUGGCGGUGCUGCUGCUACAGGAGACGGAGACGUCAUGAUGCGCUUUCUUCCAAGUUACUUGGCUGUGGAGCUGAUGAGGGCCGGGGCAGAUCCCUCGGCAGCCUGCAAGACGGCCAUUUCCAGAAUCAAGAGGCAUUACUCAGAGUUCUUUGGAGCCAUCAUCUGUGCUAACACAACAGGCCAUUAUGGUGCUGCCUGUAACAAAGUCGCAGGCUUCUCCCAGUUCCACUUCAUGGUGUCAGACUCCGAGUCAGACACACCACUCCUCAAAUCUGUGGACUGCUUUUAAUGAUGUUUGAUUGUUUGCACCUUUUUUGAAUACUGAAUGAAUGAGUGGAAAUGUGUCCAGUGUUUUUUACAUUAAUGUUUUGAUCUUGAUUAAAAUAUAAAAAGUAAUUAAAGUCAUUUAUAGUUUGA